AAGUGGACGAGGUUAUUGUUACUAAAAGUCUAAGUUCAUCGACCUUUGGUAAUAUUGUAUUCAUGGUAGGAGCUGUGCUUUACUAUAUAAAAUGACACAAAGUCUAACAAAUAAACCAACAUUAAGAAGUUCUUUGAACUAGUAUCCUGUUCCCUAAAGAAUCAAGAAUGGUUGAUGCGAUUGUAUCCGUUGCAAUUCAAAAACUUGAUGAUUUUGUUACCCAACAAGUCCACAUCAGGACAGGAGUUACCAAUGGAGUAGAGUGGCUCAGAGCUGAACUGACAUUCCUUCUAGCUUCCGCAAGAUGUGCAGAAGCAAGGCAAGAAGAGGAACUAAUCCGCUUAUGGAUAAACAGCAUCAAUGAUGCAGCUAAUGAAGCUGUGCUUAUCCUUGAUAGGUUUGAUUCCCAACAAAAAGAAAAUGCAGGCUCGCAUCAAGGCUUUCUUGAUCGGAUGCGGAGCUGUGUCUGCAUCUGCAAGAAAGAAGCUAAUCUUUAUGAUAUAGGCAAGGACCUCGAGUCACUCAAGGAAAGAGUCGUCCUGAUCAAGAACAGACGAGACGAGUAUGGUAUUGGAAACAUAUUAGCCAUUCCCAAUGUGCAACGGAGAAAGAGAUCUUUACUAAGAGCAACCUCCUUUGAAAAUUAUGUGGAGGUUGUUGGUUUUAAGGACGAUGUUCAGACUCUGAUGGCUCAGCUUCGUAAAAAGGGUACCCUUGGCAUGAUUUCCAUCCAUGGGAUGGGGGGACUGGGUAAGUCUACACUUGCCAGUAAGUUGUACCACUCUAGAGAGUUAAGAAAUUUUACAAGGCGUGCUUGGGUUUGUGUUUCAGAGGAUUAUAGCAUCGAAAAUGUUCUCAGAAAGAUAAUAAAAUGUUUCAACGAACAUGAGAAGGACUCGUUGCACAACAUGGAGGAGGAAGACUUGCUACGCCAUCUGCGGGAAGUACUACAAGCUAGUGGUUGUUAUCUGGUAGUGAUUGAUGAUAUAUGGGAUCUGAAGGUUUGGGAAAAGAUUAAAAAUGCUUUUCCCCACAAUGAAGGUUGCAGGGUUAUCAUAACCACGCGUGAUAAAAAAGUUGCUGAGGGAGUCGACGACCAAUGUUUUGUACAUAAACUCCGUUUUUUGAGUGAAGAUGAGAGCUGGCAAUUAUUUUGUAAGAGAGCGAAACCAACUCAGAAUUUAGAGGAGAUAGGAAAAGAUAUGGUUGGUAAAUGUCGAGGUUUACCACUUGCAAUCGUAGUUCUGAGUGGACUACUUUUGCAUCAGAAAAGCUACACGGAUUGGUCAAGGGUAAAAGACCAUAUUUGGAGACGGCUGAAGGAUGAUUCCCUCGAAAUUCAAGAAAUUCUAAGCUUGAGUUAUGAAGAUUUGCCGUUCAAGAUGAGACAAUGUUUUCUAUAUCUUGCAAGGUUCCCGGAAGACCAUAUAUUUGAAGUUGACCGAUUGAUGCAGUUAUGGAUUGCAGAGGAUUUCAUAUCUGAAGCUGAUGAAGGAGAUGGAGUAUUCAUGGAGGAUGUGGCUGAGUAUUAUCUGAGUGAGCUGAUCAACCGCAAUAUGAUUGAGACAGCAAGAUUCCGAUUUGAUGGAGUAGUUUUUAGUUGCAGAAUCCAUGAUCUUGUCCGUGAUCUCGCCAUGCAAAAGGCCAGGGAGCAGGGGUUGCUGGAUAUCUUCGACACCAGUAAACAACUUCUAAAUCCCAGUUCACUACGUGAAAAACGGCGACAUGUGGUUUACAAUGGAAUUGGUGAGUACCUUCUACUUGAGCCUAGUUCUGAUGAUUCAAAGUUACGUUCAGUAGCACUAAUUAACAAAAUUGAUAGUUAUGUCAAAAUAGAAGUAAUCAAGUUGACGUAUGUCAGAUUUAAAUACCUCAAAGUGCUUGAUUUAACCCACGUAGAAUCAGAUCAGAUGCCAGAAGAAGUAGGAGAUUUAGUUCUGCUAAAGUUCUUAGGCUUAAUGGCCAGUCCUGAUUAUAGAGAACCUUUAGUGAUUCCACCAUCUAUAGGGAAGCUGACAAAACUACAAACGUUGCGUGGUUCCGACGGUUCCAGUUACGAAGCUCCCAGAGAAAUAUGUGAACUUAAAGAGUUGAGACAUCUCAGUUCUCUACGAUGUAUGCCGGAACCAGAGGGAGGGGGUUUAAACAUUGGUAGUAACCAGACCAAGCUUCAGACUUUAGAUAUUUGGUGGCACGUGAACUGGAUACACAUUGAAACCACCAAAUUGACCAACCUCCAAGCUCUGUCUAUACAAGACGAAUCACCAGAUGAGCACCCUUUGGACUCUAUAUCUGAUUUAACAGGUCUCCAAACAUUCUACAUCAAUUUUGCUUGUGCUAAUGUUGUUCCAACAAUCAAACCUCUUUCGUCUUGCAAACGUCUCAACAGCGUCUUCUUGAGAUGUACGAUAAAUGACCCAUCAGAAUUAAAAUUUUUGCCAGAUUCAGUCACGAUUUUAUCGCUGACGCAUAGUGAGUUUAGAGAAGAUCCGAUGCCCGUAUUGGGAAGUUUGCCAAAUCUUGCAACUCUUUUCUUGGUUGAAGCGCACAAGGAGAAGGAAAUGGUCUGCAGUCCUAAUUCAUUUCCAAAUCUUCAAUUCUUAGUGUUAUCAUAUCUCUCAGUUUUAGAAAAAUGGCGAGUUGAAGAAGGGGCUCUCACCUCUCUCCAAGGGCUUGAUGUACAUCGUUGUAAAAAUCUUACAAUGAUUCCUCCACAAGUAGAAAGGAUUCCUCGCGUGCCUGCUACGUUUAAUUAUAUGGAAUAGGAGGUAAAGAUGUUCCAAAAUAUCUCUUAAAUUAUCAACUAGCUAAAGAAGUUGUAGAAGACAUGCAAAAGAUCUGGAGAUAUUUUGUCUUGUACCAUUGUGUAGAAAUGUAUUCGAAUUUUUACAUAAAAAUUUCAUGCUUGUAUAGUCAUUUUACAGUACUAUUACAUAUUUCCCUUCCAAAACAGAUGAUUGAAGGCCUUUGAUCAAUCAUAGGAUAUAGUGCCAUACCAAAAAGGAACUACG